AAUUUCAUGUUCAUUCCCAAUGGAAUCUUACUCCGAUCGGAAUUAUAUAAGCAUGGUUACAACCAGGCUGGAACUCAGAGUAACCUGAAACAGUCAACAGAGAGUUUUGGAAGAGGACUCCCAGCGAACUGAAAGAGGCUGGGAUCUCAAUGCCAGGAUGGAUGUAUUUAAUCGUCUGGGAAGUAGCAGCGUUAAAAUCCUGGUGAUUCUUUGGCACCUCACACUUCUUCCAGGAUCCUCCAGCCAGCCGCAUCUUAAAACCACACCUCCCUUAAGGCAGGGUUUCCCAUUCCUCGCGAUAUGGAAUGCGCCAUCUGAGCUAUGCACAAACAGAUUCGGAAUCACAUUCAAUCUAACAUCAUUUCCAAUGACAUCGACCACACAGAGAAGCCCGCUUCAGCAGGACAUCCGGAUAUUCUACAACCAGAUGCUCGGACACUACCCUCACUACAAUGAGCGAACCGGUCAGGAGUUCAAUGGUGGGAUUCCACAGCAAGCUAACAUGGCUGAACAUUUGAAAAAAUCUGAGCAGGAUAUUCGGAUGCUAAUCCCAUCCACCACAUCCAAGGGUCUAGCUGUUAUUGACUGGGAGAACUGGAGACCCCUCUGGAGUAGAAACUGGAAACAAAUGUCCAUCUACCAGCGUCAAUCCAUUGAGCUGGUGCAACAGAGGGAUUUAUCCCUAACGCGGGAAAAUGCAACGAAAAUUGCCAAGGCUGAAUUCGAGGAGGCUGCAAAAACAUUCCUGAUCAAGACUCUGCAGCUCGGCAAGAAAUUAAGACCCAAUCAACUCUGGGGUUAUUACCUGUUCCCCAAUUGUUAUAACAGCUGGCACAAGGACAGGAAUAGAACGUACACGGGUAAGUGUGCCCGGCGGGCAGUAACACGCAACAACAAACUCCUCUGGCUCUGGCACAAGAGCACAGCACUUUUCCCUAGUACCUACCUGCCCAAAGUUUUCCAGUCUUCCUACAAGGCAAAGCUGUUCGUGCGCCAUCAAGUGCAGGAAGCCAUGAGGGUCGCUGCUCUUUCCAAGGAACGUGCUCUCCCAGUUUAUGUUUAUACCAGAACAGUAUAUCGCAACACUUUAAACGAAUCCCUCUCAGAGGCCGAUCUUGUCAGUACAAUUGGUGAAAGUGCAGCACUGGGAGCAGCGGGGAUUGUGGUCUGGGAAAGCACAAAUACAACUAUCAAGAAACACACCUGCAACGUGUUGCAGAGUUACGUCGAGGACAUCCUGAACCAUUACGUCUUGAACGUGACCCACGCCGCAAGGCUGUGUAGCAAGGAGCUUUGCGGCGGCAAUGGCAGGUGCCUGAGGAAACACUGGGACUCCGACAGCUACCUCCACCUGAACCCCAGCAACUUCAAGAUCCACAGGAAGGCAAAUGGCAGCCUGGUGGCAAGAGGCCAGGCCUCCGUGGAGGAUCUGCGCUACCUCUCGGAGAAGUUCACCUGCCGGUGUUACGUUGGGAGAGCCUGCAACUUUUAGUAACACUGGCAGUGUUCCAACAUGUUUGUCUAUGUCCUUCUCUACUGUCACAAUGAGGCCACACUCAGACUGGAGGAGUAAAACCUCCUAAUUCUAGAUAGCCUCUAAUCUGAUGGCAUGAAUAUCAAUUUCUCAAAUUUCUGGUAAUUUCUUCACUCUUCCCCUUGUCUCUUUUACCAUUCUCACCAUUUCCAUUCUGGUUUCCUCUCACCUCCUCUCUUCUCCUUACCUGCCUAUCACCUCCCUUCUUCCUUUCUCCCCUGGUCGAUAAGAACAUAAGUAAUAGGAGCAGGAGUAGGCUGUCUGCUCCACCGUCCAAUAAGAUCAUGGCUGAUCUGGCCAUUGAAAGCAUCUCCAUCUACUUGCUUUUUCCCCAUAGCCUUUAAUUCCCCCACGAUGCAAAAUACUAUCCCUUCUUCUGGGAGGAUGAACUCUCCCCUCCUAUAAGAUUCCUUCCUCUUCAGCACUUUACCUCUUCCACCUGUUAACUCUCAGCGUCUUACGUCUUCACCCCUCCCCCACCUUCUUACUCUGGCUUUGGCCCCCUUCCUUUCCAGUCCUGAAGAAGCGUUUCGGCCCAAACGUUGACUGUUUGUUCCCUUCCAGCUGCCUGACUGGCUGAGUUCCUUCAUCAUUUUGUGUGACUUGCAGGGGAAGAUUGCUAAAACUCAUUUGUUCCCCAAGAAACACACUUCAGCAAAAAGUUACAAGUAACGCAGGAAAUGCAGGAGAUACUCAGCAGGUCAGGCUGCGUCUAUGGAGAGGAAAAUGACAUCAAUGCUUCAGGUCAUCAGAAAUGCACUGUAGCAGGGGUUCCUAACUUUUUCUAUGCCACGGAGCCUUACCAUUAACCGAGGCUGGGGACUCCUGCACUACAGGGAUAAAAAGUCCUUAGAGCUAUGAAUUAAGUCUCAGACAUGGGAACAGAGAGAUCAGAAGGAAGAACCUACAACAGGGUAAAGCUCUGGAAAGACUGUAUGACACGAGACAGAACGAAUGGUGAGCACUGGUGAUCAAUAGAAGGUCUAUCUGGGAAGUAAACACCAUUAAACGAGCUUGGGCAAAAAUUAUUCAAUCUCGGGGAAAAGCAUUUUGAAAUAUUAAAGGAUCCAUGAUAUAGAUGUUAAGAUCAUGAGAUCAUAAGGCGAAGGAGCAGAAUUAGGCCAUUCAGCCCAUUGAGUCUAAUUUACUAUUCCAUCGUGGGUGAUUUAUUUUCACUCUCAACCCCAUUUAAAGCAAUUUCCUUCUGGUGAAGUUAGGAAACAUUUCUACACUUAAUGGUUGAUAGAAAUUUGGAACUCCCUUUCACAAAGGCUAAUUAUUAAUUUUAAAUUUGAUAUUGAUAUAAUUUCCUAGCCAAAGGGAUUGUUGACAUGAUCCUCAGAGCACCCAUAAUCUCAAGAAUUAACCGAGGGUAAUGAAUGCCCCCCGCCUCCUAUUCCUGUUCUCUAGUAUGUAGAAAGGGACCAUUUGGCCCAUUGGCUACAUGCCAGCUCUUAGAACUGUCUCACUAUUCCUAUUUCCCCAUUAAUUUCCCUGAAAGUCAUUCUCUGAGGUAGACUCAUUAACUCUCCCUUCAUUCUCCGACCAUCCCAUUUACAGUGACCAAGUAACCUAUCAGCCUUUAGGAUGUAGGAGGAAAAUGUAGGUACUGGAUACAAUCCACAGGCACAGGGAGCAAUUAGAAGCUCCACACAAGGGAACUACAGGCGGUAUUGAACCUGCAUCUUGGAGCUGUGGCAAACACAAGGCUACUUAGCAAGCUAAGAACCCACGGUCUUACGUGAAAGAUGCCAGCAUGGAUGGAGCAUUGGCUGAUUGGAAAGAGGCAAAGAGUGGGAAUAAAGGGAGCAUUUUCUGGAUGGCUGCUGGUGACUAGUGGUGGUCCACAGGGAUCUGUGUUGGGACUGCUUCUUUUUAUGUUCUAUGUCAAUGAUUUGGAUGACGGAAUUGAUAGUUAUGGUCUUAUGGUUUAACAUUGCUUGCACACCAGAAGGCAGGAGGAUGGGGUUGAUAAAUUAUCCGUGGUGGAAUGGCGGAGCAGAUUCAAUGGGCUGAAUGGUCUAAUUCUUUUCCUAUGCGUUAUGGCCUUACUGCUGAACUAAGUGGUCCAAUGUGGUGUGGAGCCAAAUUCACCAGGGAAAAGCGGCAUCAGUCCCCAGUCCUUGCGGGUGUGUGAUCCUCGUUUCCCUGUAAUACCUGGGUGCCUAGCUCAUGGACAGAGCACCCGUCAUGGCUAACUGCGUGGGGAUGUGUGCGGGACAGCAAGCACACAGGAGAUGGGUGGAUAGGACUUGGUAUGAGUCAGGACACAGCCAGUAAAACAUUGUAUUAGAAGAAUAUACAACACAAGAACAGAUUCUGAUAUUAGUUUUAAAAGAGACAUGUUGCUAGAGGAACUCAGCGGGUCAUUCAGCAUCUACGGAGAAAGAUGGACAGUCAACAUUUUGGGUCGAGGCCAUUCAUCCACAUGGACCUUAGUCUUAACCCAAAAGGUUGCACGUUCAUUUACCUCCACAGAUGCUGCCUGACCAGCUGAGUUCCUCCAAGAGCUGGACUACUGAGUCUGCAUUCUGUAUCUCUGGAAGGCAUGGGAUCACUUGGAUACGUAUCUCCAGUGGUUCCCUAGAUCUCCAAGGGGCAUUUUGUUAUGACAGGCAUUAUGUAAACAUUGUUACUGUUAAUUUGUUGUAUUGUAUGUUGAAGAACCAAUUUCAGAGUGAUUUAUAAGUGAUUCCCUGCCACUUUACACAUGGUGGUUUCACAUUAGAACAUCAGAACCAAGGGCAGUCCAUUCACCCUCCAGUACCAAUUCUGCCAUUCAAUAAGAUCAGUUCGGAUCUUUCACCUCCUACUGCCCUCCUGCACCAUCCCAUUUUCUGCUGAUUUCCUCAAUAUUUCACCAUCCAUUGAUCUCAGUUUUGAGUGUACUUCAUGCUGAGCCUCCACCGAGUGAUGAAGUUUCUCUCCAUUCAAUCAAUCAAUGUUGUCGUCCCUCCGGUGCACUUCUGGGGCAUUGGCUCUGAGCUGGCAGCUCCAUCUCUCCUUCUGCCAGGCAUGAAUGAGAGAACUGGGAGUGUUGGCCUAAAGAUUAAAAGGUUGGCUUUAUUUGUCACACGUACAUCGAAAUAUAUAGAGAAGUGGGUCAAUUGCGCCAUGCUUUCAGCGCCUUCAAUUUAGUAACCCCGAUGGAACGUGGCAGGACACUGGAGAACCUGGAGGAAACCUACGCGGUCAUGGGGAGAAUGUACAAAUUCCUUACAGACAGUGGCGGGUGUUGAACUCCAGUGCUAUAAAGCAUUACAUUAACCUCUCCGCCAGCAUGCUGCCCACACGGUACAGACUGGGCAGAGUUCUGCCCACGUCCCUGUCCACGGUCAUUUGUCACACUCUGUGUGAAUGACGAUUGUUUCACGCUCAUUCGCAGCACCUCUGCAUCAGAUAUAAACAAGUUAGAAGCCAUUAUUGUUAUAUUAAUUUAUUUACUUUUAUUUUUAUAUGAAAAAAUUUAUAUUUAAAUGAUUCAAAGUGCACUUAUUAUCAAAGAAUGUAUACAAUAUACAACUUUAAUAUUUGUUUGCUUACAAGUAGCCACGAAGCAAGAAACCUGAAAGCACCCAAUAAAAGAUAAAUAAAUAUAAAGACCAACACCUGAUGUGAAAGAGAAAGGGGAAAAAAGACAAAUCAUGCAAACAAUUGAAGUGAAUGAUAGUGUAUAUUACAAAUGAUAUUUUUAUGCACAAAUGCAUAUUUUGGAGAAAUCAAUGUAUUGAUUUUCAGUCUGUCUUGGACCAAAUAAAAUAUUUGUCAAAUA